CAGCAGCAGCAGCUGCUUCACGAAUACCGGCCUGCUGGCUGGCUGGUGCCAAUCGCCUGCCAAGACGCACGGAGUGGCAGCAGGAGGAAGACCGCCGGCAGGCCACAGGCAGGAGCUCCGCAAGGGCGUCGUGUGUGGCGGCUCCUAUGGGCGCGCAUGCAUGCAUCCAUGCUACAGGCCGGGGUGUGCCCGCCAGGUUGGCCCCACGGAGGCCUGCGUGUUCUGUGGGUGCCUCAAGGGAGAAGACACGGCCGCUGUGGGUCGCAAACUGGCCUCUUCGCGUUGGGAUGGCACAGCAGUGAGGCUCUGUGCCCCAAGUAGGGAGCUCAGCCCUUGGGGGGGCACUCUGCACAUGCUCAGGGACUCUUCUGCCUCCAGGGUGAAGCUACCUUGGGCGGAGUCACAGCCCUGCCUCCCCACCCUCAACCUAAGGCACCAUCAUGUCGCUCUCCCACCUCUAUGGGAAAAAUGCCGCUUCCACGGCUGCUGAUGACGAUGUGGAGAUGGAGAGCUUUGAGAUCACUGACUGGGACCUGGAGAAUGAGUUCAACCCUAACCGGCAGCGCCACUGGCAGACCAAGGAGGAGGCCACCUACGGCAUGUGGGCCGAGCGGGACUCGGACGACGAGAGGCCCAGUUUUGGGGGCAAACGGUCUCGAGAUUACUCCGCCCCCGUUAACUUUAUCAGUGCUGGGCUGAAGAAACCGGUAGCUGAUGAGAUGAUAGAUGAAGAUUCUGAUGAGGAUGAGAAACCGGUGAAGCAGGAGGAACCAAUCCCCAAAGAGUUUGUGCCGAAGAAGUUAAAAACUGGUGGUAAUUUCAAACCCAGCCAGAAGGGCUUUGUGGGAGGAACCAAAUCUUUCAUAGACUUUGGCAGCUGGGAAAGGCACACCAAGGGGAUUGGGCAGAAGCUGCUUCAGAAAAUGGGUUACGUUCCUGGCAGAGGACUUGGAAAGAACGCUCAAGGUAUCAUCAGCCCUAUUGAGGCCAAGCAGAGGAAGGGAAAAGGGGCUGUUGGGGCAUACGGCUCAGAACGAACCACCCAAUCCCUGCAGGACUUCCCUGUGGUUGACUCUGAGGAAGAAGCCGAAGAGGAAUUUCAGAAGGAGCUCAGCCAGUGGCGGAAGGAUCCAAGCGGGGGCAAGAAAAAGCCGAAAUACGCCUACAAGACGGUGGAAGAACUGAAGGCCAAGGGCAGGGCAGGGAAGCAGCUGUUGGCACCUCAGAAGGAGCUAGCGCAAGUGAAGGUGAUCGACAUGACGGGUAGGGAGCAGAAGGUCUAUUACAGCUACAGCCAGAUCAGCCAGAAGCACAACAUCCCAGAUGACAACCCCCAGCAGCAGCAGCCGCCGCCACCCCUGGGUAAGGAUUCGAAGCCGCAAGCCUUUGCCCUGCCUGAGCUGGAGCACAACCUCCAGCUCCUCAUUGACCUGACGGAGCAGGAGAUCAUCCAGAACGACCGGCAGCUGCAGUACGAGCGGGACAUGGUGAUCAACCUUACCCACGAGAUCGAGAAAAUGGCCGAGGUCCUCUCGCACGAGGAGGCGGACAUCCACAACCUCAGCAAGGUCCUGGAGCUGGUGGAGGAGUGUGAGAGGCGGAUGCAGCCCCACUGCCCAGACCCCCUCACUCUGCCCGAGUGUGCCAAGAUCUUUGAGACCCUCCAGGACAAGUAUUACGAGGAGUACCGGAUGUCUGACCGUGUGGACCUGGCCGUGGCUAUCGUCUUCCCUCUUGUGAAAGACUACUUCCGGAACUGGGAUCCACUGAAGGACUGCUUGUAUGGCACAGACAUCCUGGCCAAGUGGAAGAGCCUGCUGGAGAAUGACCAGUUGCUGUCACACGGUGGGCAAGACCUCGCUUCGGAUGCUUUUCACAGGCUGAUGUGGGAGACGUGGAUGCCGUACGUGCGGAAUAUUGUGGCGCACUGGCAGCCUCGGAACUGCAUCCCGAUGGUGGACUUCUUGGACAGCUGGGGGCACAUCAUUCCCAUCUGGAUCCUGGACAACAUUCUGGACCAGCUGAUCUUCCCCAAGCUGCAGAAAGAGGUGGACAGCUGGAACCCCCUCACCGACACGGUCCCCAUCCACUCGUGGAUCCACCCCUGGCUCCCCCUGAUGCACGGCCGGCUGGAGCCCCUCUACUCGCCCAUCCGCAACAAGCUGUCCAGUGCCCUGCAGAAAUGGCACCCCAGCGACGCUUCAGCCAAGCUGAUCCUGCAGCCCUGGAAAGAGGUCUUCACCCCAGGAUCGUGGGAGGCCUUCAUGAUCAAGAACAUCGUCCCCAAGCUAGGGCUGUGUCUCAAUGAGCUGCUCAUCAACCCCCACCAGCAGCACAUGGACGCCUUUUUCUGGGUGAUGGACUGGGAGGGGAUGCUCUCCGUCUCCAGCCUGGUGGGGAUCCUGGACAAGCACUUCUUCCCCAAGUGGCUGCAGGUGCUGUGCUCCUGGCUCAGCAACAACCCCAACUAUGAAGAGAUCACCAAGUGGUACCUGGGCUGGAAGUCCAUGUUCUCCGACCAGGUGCUGGCCCACCCCUCCAUCAAGGAGAAGUUCAACGAGGCCCUGGAUAUCAUGAACAGAGCCGUCUCUUCCAGUGUUGGUGGCUACAUGCAACCAGGUGCCCGGGAGAACAUUGCCUACCUGACACACACGGAGCGGCGGAAGGACUUCCAGUACGAGGCGAUGCAGGAGCGCCGGGAGGCAGAGAACAUGGCGCAGCGUGGGAUCGGCAUGGCCGCCGGCUCCGUCCCCAUGAACUUCAAGGACCUCAUCCAGACCAAGGCUGAGGAGCACAACAUCGUCUUCAUGCCGGUCAUCGGCAAGCGGCACGAGGGAAAGCAGCUCUACACCUUUGGCCGGAUCGUCAUCUACAUCGACCGAGGGGUGGUCUUUGUGCAGGGGGAGAAGACCUGGGUGCCCACCUCGCUGCAGAGUCUCAUUGACAUGGCAAAGUGAGGGGCAGACAGAUGCCUCUUCUGAGGAGGCUGGUCACAGGGAGGCUUGUGGAUGGGACUCCCCCCAGCUGGACUUUGCCUGCUGCUGCGUGUGGAUUGUGGGCUCCCCCAGACCACUUUGCCUGGACUAAAUAAGGAGCUUGCGAGGAAAGGCGGCAGGCCAGCUCUUCACAUCAGAAGUCCCAGUGUGUAAAUAAAGUGAGUUUAACUGGUGCCAAA